CACCAUCUACCCGGCCAGCGAACGCAGAAGGAGCCCCUAAUUAGUUUAUAAGCCUCCAGCUUCCCGAGGCGGGCAAAGGAUUAGGCGAAUCCAGCUGUUAAUGUCGAGGAUUCGCGGAAUCCUUCCUGUCAUUCGCUUCAAAGUAUUAGGAGACUUUUUGGACCACUCCCCGGUGCCUAUGGAGACCGUGUGAAAGGGGAUGACCCUACUGCUGGGGGCGGCGGGGAAAGGACAAGGGCGAGGUGGUACUGGAAAACCUCCAGCCUGGUGGACAGACUCACCGGCUUUCUCGGGAUCUGUCCCGCAGUUUUCCGAAGGAAGAAAGGCCAGAUUAGCAAGACAUCUACAAAAAGAGGCCCAAGCUCAACACAAUAAUUCUGAAUUCACAGAAGAACAAAAGAAAACCAUAGGCAAAAUUGCAACAUGCUUGGAAUUACGAAGUUCAGCUUUACAGUCCACACAGUCCCAAGACGAAUUUAAGCUGGAGGACCUGAAGAAGCUAGAACCAAUCUUGAAGAAUAUUCUUACCUAUAAUAAAGAAUUUCCAUUUGAUGUUCAGCCUGUCCCCUUAAGAAAAAUUUUCGCACCUGGUGAAGAGGAGAAUUUGGAAUUUGAAGAAGAUGAAGAAGAGGGUGGUGCUGGAGCAGGGUCUCCUGAUUCCUUUCCUGCUAGAGUUCCGGGUACUUUGUUACCCAGGUUGCCAUCAGAACCAGGAAUGACGUUGCUCACUCUCAGAAUUGAGAAAAUCGGUCUGAAGGAUGCUGGGCAGUGCAUCGACCCCUACAUCACAGUUAGUGUGAAGGAUCUGAAUGGCAUAGAUCUCACUCCUGUGCAAGAUACUCCUGUGGCUUCGAGAAAAGAAGAUACAUAUGUGCAUUUUAACGUGGACAUCGAGCUUCAGAAACAUGUUGAAAAGUUAACCAAAGGUGCAGCUAUUUUCUUUGAAUUCAAGCACUACAAGCCUAAAAAGAGGUUUACCAGCACCAAGUGUUUUGCUUUCAUGGAGAUGGAUGAAAUCAAACCUGGGCCCAUCGUGAUAGAACUAUACAAGAAACCCACUGAUUUUAAAAGAAAGAAAUUGCAAUUAUUGACCAAGAAACCACUUUAUCUUCAUCUACAUCAAACUUUGCACAAGGAAUGACCCUGACACAGAUAACCUGGAAUGGCUGUGACCCCAGCCGCCGUGUGGAGACCAUCAAAGCUGUAUGCAUAUUCACCCUUCAGCAGGCAGGAAGCAAGCCCCACCAUGCCAGCAGGCCAGAGUGAGUCCGCUGCAAAGCUGCAGCGCAGACUUCCACGACCAGCACAUCACUGACUUGUCAGCCUCCUUUGGAUGCAGGCUUCUCGUAGAUAUGGAAACAUUUUCACUUUUCUAUUAAUUGUGCAAUUAAUAGUCUCUUACCUGACUCACCACUACUCCUGCCCUGCAUCCCAGAGCAACACUCUUGUGGGUAGGAUAUGCUCAUCUCCAGACUGACUUCAGCAAUAAGAAUGUG